AUGUUUCUGAGAAGACGCACCUUUCUUCAUCUUCUUCCCAAUUCAAACUUCAACAAUUCCAUUUCAUUCUUCUGUUCCGAAUCACUCACACUUCCUCAAAAUCAACAACAAUGGCUUCAAAAAUUCCAACAUAUUCAAUCCUUAAUCGACCAAGAUCGCACUCAACACGCCCAAAACCUCUUCAAAUACCUUAUUCUCUCCAAAGUUCCUUACUCAUUUCCCUCGCAAAUUCACUCCCUCCUAUCCAAACCCAUCUUUCUAGAAACCCUCUUUCCCUUUUGUUCCAAUCCCAAUGCCAUCCACAGAGUCAUUGAACUCUUCUAUUCCAUGAAAAACGACGGCUUUAUCCUUCCCAAUUGUUUUAUCAACCGUCUUCUACAAUCCCUUGUUGAUUUACGCCACUUUCAAAAGGCCAUUACUCUUUUUAAUGAUGUUGCUGAAUCCGGUGUUCGACCCGAUAGUUUUGCUUAUGGAAAAGCUGUUCUUUCUGCUGCUAUGUUGAAGGAUUUAAAUAAGUGUUUUGAGCUGAUUAAUUUAAUGGAGAAAGAUGGAAUUCGUCCUACUACUUAUGUGUAUAAUUUAGUGUUGGGUGGGUUGUGUAAAGCCAAGAAAAUAAAGGAUGCAAGGAAGGUGUUUGAUGAAAUGAUUCAAAGAAAUGUUGUUCCUAAUACUGUGACUUUUAAUACGCUUAUUGAUGGGUAUUGUAAGGUGGGUGGAAUAGACGAAGCUUUUAGAUUGAGGGCUAGGAUGAAUGGUCCGUAUUCGAAGGCUAAUGUUGUUACUUACAAUUGCUUGUUAAGUGGUCUUUGUGGUUUGGGGAGAUUGGAAGAUGCUAAGAGGGUGUUGUUGGAGAUGGAAAGGAAAGGUUUUUUGCCUAGGGGGUUUUCGAGUCUUGUAUUUGAUGAUCAGUUGAUGAGUGGAAAUGAAAAUGGUUUGUUAAAUGGAAAUGGAACACAGGUCGAUGAGUGGACUUGUAAUGCUUUGUUGAAUGGACUGUGCAAGGUAGGAAAGGUUGAAAAGGCCAAAGAGAUUUUGGCAAAGCUAGAAAGUAAUGGAGUGGUUCCAAGUCCAGUAUCAUAUAAUAUACUGGUGAAUGCUUAUUGCCAAAAGGGUGACUUGAAUAAAGGUAUAUUGACAGCUGAAGAAAUGGAAAAACGGGGGUUGAAGCCUAGUUAUGUCACCUUCAAUACCCUGAUUAACAAGUUUUGUGAAACUGGGGAUUUGAACCAGGCAGAGAGAUGGGUUAAGAAGAUGAUAGAGAAGGGUGUUUCUCCCACUUUGGAGACUUAUAACUCUUUGAUUAAUGGUUAUGGAAUGACGUGUGAUUUUGUCAGGUGUUUUGAGAUUUUUGAGGAAAUAGAAAAUAAAGGGAUGAAGCCUAAUGUCAAAAGCUAUGGUUCUCUUAUAAACUGUUUGUGCAAAGAUGGUAAGCUUCUUGAUGCUGAGAUUGUGCUUGGGGAUAUGGUAACUCGCGGGGUUUCUCCAAAUGCAGAUAUAUAUAAUAUGCUCAUUGAAGCUAGUUGUUCACUGAGUAAACCGAAAGAUGCUUUCAGAUUUUUAAAUGAAAUGAUACAAAAUGGAAUAGAUGCAACUAUUGUGACAUACAAUACUUUAAUAAAUGGAAUUGGGAAAAACGGAAGGGUAACAGAAGCUGAGAAUCUGUUUCUCCAUAUGACCAGGAAGGGAUAUAAACCAGAUGUGAUUACAUACAAUUCCUUAAUGUCAGUAUACGCAAUGUCAGGAAACCCCGAAAAAUGCCUUGAAUUGUACGAUAAUAUGAAGAAGCGGGGCAUAAAACCUUCAAUUGGGACUUUCCAUCCUUUGAUCAAUUCAUGCAGGAAAAAAGGUGUAGUGACAAUGGAGAAAAUGUUUCAAGAAAUGUUAGGAAUGAAAUUGAUUCCAGAUCGAGCUGUAUAUAAUGAAAUGAUUUAUGGUUAUGCUGAAGAUGGAAAUGUUCUGAAGGCAAUGUCUUUGCACCAACAAAUGGUUGAUCAGGGAAUUGAUUCCGACAAGGUGACUUACAACUGCUUGAUUCUAGCACACCUUAGAGAUCAAAGGGUCUCAGAAAUAAAGCAUAUUUUAGAUGAUAUGAAGGCAAAGGGUUUGGUUCCAAAGGCUGAUACAUAUAAAAUUCUGGUUAAGGGACAUUGUGACUUAAAAGAUUUCAACGGUGCGUAUUUUUGGUACAGGGAAAUGUUUGAUUCUGGUUUCAUUUUAAAUGAUUGCAUUUGCUCUCAGCUAAUAUCCGGGCUUAGAGAGGAGGAAAUGCUACACGAAGCUGAAAUUGUAUCCUCAGAGUUGACUAGUGAACUUCAACAACUUGAAGGCUAA